AGGGAGGAGGAUGGUGAAAGUUUGUGGACUCGUUGGAAAGAGACGUGGACGGAGCAGAAACAGAUUAAGAUAGAUAGAGAAGUAUCAGCCAGUCCAUCCUGGACCUCAAGGGUAAACCAGGACCUGUUUUACUCCUGAAGGAACACAGAGGGAACAUAACGAACUAAAUGAAAGUAUGAACGUGUGGCUACGGAUUAAAACUGAAAGCUGAAGGGUGAGAGGAGGAAAACAGGAGGGCAUGAUGGGAGUUAAAGGACGGGCUGCCUUGGCGAUUUUCUUCAUCAUCAUUUUUUUUGGUUCCCUGUGGUUCUACGGUGGUUUGGAUGGUCACAAGGAUUACUGCUUCAAGAUUUACAUUCAGAAAGAUCAGUCUGUAAACUCAUCCAAGAACAACACCUCAAACGAGCUGGUGAAACUGGAGGUGUGUCCGGGUCAGAAAUUCCAGGUGGCUUUUUUGCUGAUGAAUCUUCAGGCUGCUCCCGUGUCGUCCAGCGACGUGAUGCUGAAGCCGUACCUGGCCAGCUGGGACGAGCUCAUCAAAUUCAUGGAGGCGUUGGGACCCAUGGUGGGUCUGAUUUCCCAAGAAAUCGAAUCUAAGACGUCCAUCAUCCGCAAGCUUGCCGAAAAAGAGGACGAGGACAGACGUCAGCAGGUGCUAGACUCAUCAGUAGAGCGGACGUGGGGCGGCGCGUACAGCUCGGUGCGCUCCAUGAUCGCGGUGGAGCUCGACCGAGGUACGGUGGACUUCGACAUGAUGACCGAUUCCGGCUGCAGGACCCUACUGCGCCUCCAUCGCGCGCUCCUCUGGUUGCAGCUCUUCCUGCAGAACCUGGCCGACGAGAACCAGGAGGCGAUGGCGCGGAAGCCGUCUCAGCUCUGCCGGGCGGCGUACCGGGUCACGCUGGCUCAGCACCACUCGUGGUGGGUGAGGAACGCGGCGGAGUUGGCGUUCUCGUCCAUGCCCGAGAGACAGUUCUUCUACAAGCUGAUGUGUGUGAAGACGCAGGCGGAGGCGGUGGUCGUUCUCCGCAGGGUGGUCGGGGCCAUUCAAGAGGUUUACAACCGGACUCAGGCGGCGCUGGAGGAGCAUGAGAUGCUGGCGCUGCCCUGAAGACGUUAAGUUAGGAUGUACUGUAGUUUGGUUAUUUCAUCGUGCCAGGAGUAAUUAUUAAAUACGAAGGAUCUUCAAAAAGUUUCCUCACUUUUAUAUUGUGGUUAUAAGCGGUGAGGGUGGAGGAGUAAUCGGUCGUGUCUGAGAGACUGAGAGACGCUUAUAGUCCGUAUUUAGUGUCAUAUGAUUUGCACCUGUUUGAGCGCUCAACGAAGCUUUAAGGGGAAGAAGAUUUUCAUGUUCGUUCAUUUUCAUUUUCAUGUUCGUUCUCCGCAGGGUGGUCGGGGCCAUUCAAGAGGUUUACAACCGGACUCAGGCGGCGCUGGAGGAGCAUGAGAUGCUGGCGCUGCCCUGAAGACGUUAAGUUAGGAUGUACUGUAGUUUGGUUAUUUCAUCGUGCCAGGAGUAAUUAUUAAAUACGAAGGAUCUUCAAAAAGUUUCCUCACUUUUAUAUUGUGGUUAUAAGCGGUGAGGGUGGAGGAGUAAUCGGUCGUGUCUGAGAGACUGAGAGACGCUUAUAGUCCGUAUUUAGUGUCAUAUGAUUUGCACCUGUUUGAACGCUCAACGAAGCUUUAAGGGGAAGAAGAUUUUCAUGUGAUGAUGAUGUAAAAGCAGUGGUUUUUAAGUUAUUUAAAAUAAUUAAAUUGUUGCUUGGAUCUAAACUUAACUUUGAGAAUCAUAAGGCCAUUUCUCGUAUGUAAUUUUUCUAAAAAUCCUUUUUUAUUUAUUUCCUUCUUUUAUCACCCGAUCUCGCUCUUGUUGCUGCCGCCACCCUUGUCAUUUCUGAGCUUUUUCUAACAUGUUUUCAUUCGCUGCCCCAAAAUAACCCACCACAUCCACAUCAUAUUAAAGUGCUUUUUGACUGGAA